GGCCCCCUGGAGACUGCUACCUCAUUCCACCGCGUAGCUGCGUCGCUUGUCAAGUCUCGGCACGCAUGUAAACAGGCUUUACAGUGAAUUGAAUAUUUAUUUUCUAUUUGAGCAACUGUUUAGUGCUGUGAGUGUUGCAUACUGCUAGCAUUUUAAUGCUCGUGCCGAACAGAGCAUCUUUGUGACCUUUGACACUUGACAGUGACAGUAUCACAGUAGAGAUGAGAACUAUGGACAAGGAAUGAAAUUGAAAUCUUUGAUUGAAAUUUGAUCAAGUUUGAGCCUGUUUGUACACAAACAUAUUUGUAUAAGUAUUCGAAACUUAAGAAAUGGCUAUAAGUUACAUUCCUCGUGUGACACAGUUGGACGCGGGCCAGUUGGAUGAGCAGCUGGAAGAGCUGCUGAAACAACAAUUAUUUAAUGCUACCAAAUAUUUAGAGCCAGGUAUUCUGCAGCCAAUUCUACCAGAAUUAGAAUUAAUUCUCCGAACAUGGAUAUUCAAAUAUUCUGUCUAUGACAACAAAUGCACUUUUGGACAAAAAAUGCUGUCAUUGAAAUAUAACACAAAUAACUUCUCCAAGUCCAAACUUUACUGGUAUUAUGGGUAUACAAUUGGAUUAAAAUAUGUAAAAGAUAGAGCUAUAUACAGUUGGACUUCUAAUACUAAAAUACAGAAUUUUGUGUACCAGUUAGAAACAUUUCAGUUAUUUGCGGAUAUUUUAAAUUUUCUGAGGUUCAUAAGAAGUGGCAAAUAUCCUGUCCUCAUAGAUUUAAUUUUGGGUUUGGAGUUGACAGCUGAUAAACUCACAAGAGAGGACUUGACUGACUUUUCAUGGACAAGAGAACUUCUAUGGCAUAAUUUUAUUGAACUAAUAGGCACAGUCAUAUCCUUGAUGAACAUAUUUGGACUCCGAAGAAGGCUCAGCAACAUAUUGAAGUAUGUGUGGUGGCGGCAGCAUGUGAAGCCAGUGUUAAAGCCAGGGCCACCCCUUAUGACCCACCUCACUGUAUGUGCCUGUUGCUCUACCAGGCCUGUUUUACCUCAUACCAUGGGCUGCUCACAUAUCUUCUGCUAUUAUUGCCUGUCGACCAAUAAAAUGCUAGAUCCUGACUUCGCGUGUCCUAAGUGCUAUUGCAAAGGAAAGGAGAUAAAUAGAUUUACAAUGGCUUAAAUGAUUAAGAGAAUUUAAUAUUUUAUUAAUUUAUGAGGUGGAGGAUUAUAAUUAACAGCUGUGGAAGUGUGGACCAAAGACAAAUAAGGUACAGUCAGCAUCAAAUAGAUAGUGAUGGCCAAAAGUGGACAAAUAUAACGUAACACAUGUUACCAUAUACCUGUGAUAUCUGUAAAAUAUAUUAAUUUAACUAUUAUGUCCAUUUAACUGAUAUCAAAUAACUAUUCAUUUUAAUUUAAACAACUAAGUCAUCACAGUACACUGAGGAACACCACAGAAAUUUAUUGAUAGAAAAUGGUUAGGUACUAUAGUUUUGUUUAUUAUCUUAUUACAUGAAGUAGUUUGUAUUUGUAUGUAUUUCGAUGCCGGCUUUAUUUUAGAGGGGUAUUCUGCUCUCAUAUACCAAUUAGCGGUAUUGGUGACUUGUUAUAAAACUAAAUGAUAAUAUAAAUUUGUUUAUUGUUUACAAUUUGUACAAUAUAUGUAUUUUGUUUACAAAA